UGUGAUGAGACAUUUCGGCUUUUUAGUGAAAAAUGAUGUUCUCGCCAGGAGAGGAAAAAAUAGUCAUGAAUGGGCUUGUCUACAACAAAAUUAAACUGUACUAAAAAUAAAACAGAAACUGACUUUAUUUUUUAACAUACAUUUGAAAGGAUGCGUAAAAGAUUGCUUUGCUUUUUAUCAUGAUCAUGAAUUGUUGUUAUUUUCUUUCUUCCUUACUUGUACAAAUUUUAUGUUAAAAUUCAGCGAUUUUUAUCCUUCUUUAUUAAGUACCGAAAAAUGGCACUUGCCCAAUUAGAAAAAAACUACAAAUUUCCCUAUAUAAGCUGUCAAAAAAAUUCACAAGUGAAGGUUUCUAAAAACAAAAAUUGUAAAUAGAUAAAAUGCAACAUUUAGUUAGUUUCCAGUUGCAGCUCUAUGGCUUGAACCAAAAUAAAUAUAAUACUGACAUCUUGACAACAUUUAAUUAUCAAAUAUAAAGAAUUCGGGAGCAAAAAUGUAAAUACACAAAUUUCUCAAUAUGAAGUCUUCACUUCAUAUUUUCAUAUUCACUCGAAUUUUACCAAUUACAGGGUUUUCACGCACAAUGUGCCCAAUUUAACUGGUGCCAGUACUUUUCCCAUUUGGGCAAAAAAAUUGCUGAAAUCUCGCCUCCACAAAAUUCAUUCAUACUGGUACGUCUUAUUAGCAUUAUGAAUCUAGUUAACAUAAUCACAUUGUCGCUAUUGGUCCUAACAUACUGUGUCUAUCCUCUAUUGAGCCCUUUUUAGAGAUGAGGAAUAUUAAACAAUACCCUCUAAUGAGACUGUUUAUAGAUAUUUUUAUUCUUGUAUUAUUUAAUUGUGGUAUAUGUAUGCUUUGCAUUUGAAUUUUAUAGAUUUGUGUGUAUAUUUUCUGUGAUAUUCUGUCAAGGUGAUCAAAAGUGAACUCAAAGCAUUGAAUUUUCUGUUUCAUUCUAACAGAAUUCACUAAGGGAAAAUAAUUAAACAUUGAAUUACCUUAAUCUGUAAAUGAUCUUUAAGGAGGGCAAAAUUUGACCUUUACAAUUCCUGUCUUACCUACAUGUAUAACUGCCAUUUAAAUAAUCUUGCACAAAGGUCAAUCAUCACCAGAAGACGUGUUUCAACCGUCUCCAUACUUUAAAGGUCAAAGUCACAUUGUUUCUUUCUCAAAUUUGACCAAACAAAGUCCUUUCUUUGUUUUAAAAUUGCUGUUUAUAAAUGGAUUUGGAAAUAACAAUUUGAGUGUAACACCCUUCUGCCUACGUCAAAGCACUUAGCGGUCAAAGGUCAAAUUUGACCAUAAAAUGACUUGUUUUAAAUGUAAGUAUAGUUUUGUGGCAAAAGACACAUUUCUUUUUACAUUUAUGUUUGUUAAUAGACUUUGGUUAAAGUUAUACCUGUAAAUGUUGUGUUAGUUUCUCUUAGUUUGCUAUAAAAAAAAGUUGUAUAAUGUGCAUUAUGAUAAAAUGUGUAUAAUAAUGAUACUCCAAAUGGUUGUUACCCUUCAUCAAAUGUCAUAGCAAGAUUCAGAGACAUGGUAUAUAUAAAUAAAAUUGUGCGAAGGUUCGACUUUAAAUCACACAUACUUAUUUGAAUGAACACUUUUCUACUGUGCACUUUGUUGGAUUUGUGAACUCAAUCUACGUUAAGUUUUGGCAGAGCUCUUGUACCUAAUUACGCUUAAUUCCUGAGCUAUCCUCGUUUGUUUUUUUACAAUAAUCUUUUGAUAUUAAAACUUAAAACAAUACACAACUGAACAAUUACGGACAUCAACUGACGCAUAAGUGUAUCCAUCAUGGCAGAUGUGACAACCAUUGUUGUGUUUCAGUUCCCUGCUAUCCAGUUCGAAUGUCAAUGUAGCAAUGUCGAAGAUGUCAAAGGUCAUUCAAAGAAAUUAAUGCUUUUAGACUUAGACCAUUCUCCAUAAUGAUUUUAUAGAUAAUAAUUGCCACCAUAGGAUUUCUUAGCGGCCUCUAUACAAAAGUACAUAGACUUAGAAUCAAAAUGACUAAAAGACAUUUCUAACAAUCAGUCCAUUGUGCAAUCAUUUGGUUGUGUCAUUUGACCAGAAAGCCGAUUUUAACAAACCAUUUAAUAGCUGAAAGUUCUGUUUGCAAGUAUUGCGGUGUAAACAAUGCAAAAUCUAACUGUUGUAACAAUAUGUUUUUUCUUUUGGCUGUUCGGAAUUGCGACCAAAAACGGUACAUAGGGAUUCUAUUCUACGUGGCAGACAAAGAAACUGGCACCAAGAAUCGGACCAGUGCACGCUUUGAAAUAGCUCUUUGAAUCAUUUUUUGUUUGUCUCGAAUUCUAAAGACUUGAAUCUCUGUCGAGCUGUUUCACAGUGUACGUGUAUUGUUAAAUAAAAGUGUCACAUUUCAUCAAAUUUAAUAAUGAUUACAUGUAUUAGUUUACUCUCUGCAAAUGGAAACAACUGGAUAACAAUGAUGGCAAUUAUCUGUAUUGUUCGCAUGAGUGCAGCCUAACUUAAGAUUCCUUUUAGAAUCAUUGUGGAAAACCACGAGUUUAGAAUUUAUCUUUAAACGCCUUCGUUGUUGCGUGAUAAUACGUAAAGUUCUUUCAGAAGGUAUGUACUUUUAUCUUCUAUCACUUCCUACUGUCGCACGCUGCUAAUCGUACUCGCCAAGUAAACAUCUGUCGUGCGAGCGGUCAUUGACAUUGAUCAAGUUACAUAAUUUAUGGAAUAUUUUAUUUUAUGGUUGGAAACAUGAUUUUACUAAAUUUGGUUUUAUUAACUUUGAAUCACGUGACAACUGGAGCCAAAGAUGACCACCAGGUGGCGCGACGCUACGGAAUGCAGCCGUUCCCGAUGUCGGGUCCCAUGGCGUUCCCGGGGCUGGGGUCAUCGUCGGGGGCGGGGAUGGGGAGUCAGCAGUGUAUCACCGACGACAUCGUGUGUCCCUCGUGGUGCCUCAUGGAGGACGAGUGGGGCUGCAAAUACUGCCCCUGUGCCCCGGCCAACGGCAUGUCGCCGCCCCGUGUAAACAGCGGGUCCAGCAGACCGGAAGUGACACAGCGGAAGGAGGAAGACAACUGCAUUGGUACUAUACUGUGUAUGCUGAGCUGCAAGGACGGGUACAAGCUGGGACCCAAACAAGAGACCGGGUGUCAGUCGUGUUCCUGUACAAAGAACAAAACCGAGGACGGUUCUAAUGCAAAUCAAGAUUGCAUUGGACCCGCCUGCUCGGCCAAGAAUGGCAUGCGACUUAUGAGUGAACUGAUGGAGUCCACUCCUCGACCCACCUCCCCGACUCCCACAAAACGCUCCACCACCACCACCAGCAGCACCACCAGCGUGCAAACCACUUCCGGUUCACCGAGCUGCCAGGAAACGGAGCUGUGUAAACAGACGUGUGAUGGCAUCAUUCAGCUGGGACCGAAGAAGCCGGACGGUUGCCGGGAAUGCACAUGCCUCACGCCUGUGACUGAGCCGCCCCGGACGCUGAUGCUGAUCCCGCUGACCCCCGCGCCGCCUGCCCGGGAGUGCGAGGCGCUGUCGCGGUGUCGAGCCACGUGUCGCGAUGGUUUUGAAGUGGAUCGCUCACGAGACUCAGGUUGCCCCGAGUGUCGGUGUCUAAGUAAGGUGACACCACCACCGCCCACUGAGAAGCCGGACUUCGUGUCCGUGAUGCGCGUGUGCCCCGACGCCGUUCACUGCAUGAAAACAUGCGCUGCCGGCUACACUCUCACGGCCCCUCACGAGCGCGAGUGUCCCGUGUGCACUUGCAAUAAAGAGCCCAAGGUACUAUUGCUGUGCGAGAAGCCCCUAUCCUGUCCCAACGGAUGUACCGUGGGAUACAGGUGUGACGAGAUAGGAUGUCCGACGUGCACCUGCGUCGCACCGGAAGAGACCACAUUACGCGUGCAGGUGCAGACGGUUAUCACACAGGCAGCGCUUGAGUGUAACCCGCACUUUUCGUGCGUUGACAAGUGCCAGUUCGGUUACAAAACCGGAAGUAAUGGCUGCCCCACGUGUCUGUGCUUACAGCCGGUGACAUUUCUGGAAACACGCGUUGAGACACAAGAAGCCACACCGGCGCCACCGUAUUCUGUCAAGACGCCACCAUUCCCCUUCAUACGGGUAAACCCAGGGGUUCAGUCCUCGUGCAGGGGUUCCGAGUGUUCCCAGCAUCACUUAAACGGCGCCAUUCCAGUGCCGUUGGUCAGCAGUUUUAAAUGUUCGCAACCUCUACUAUGCCCCAAUGGUUGCAGUCUUGGUUUCAAGUGCGACGUCAAGGGUUGUCCGACCUGCACGUGUAUUGCACCGGAAGAAACAACCUACAAAGUACAGGUACACAGUAUCAUAGUAACGCAUGCGCUGUCAUGCGCAGAGACGUUUACUUGUCGAGACAGGUGCGCGUUUGGUUAUAAGACGGGCGAUGACCACUGUCCGAGUUGCACGUGCCUGGAGCCAGUAGCCAUCGAAUCGAAGCCUUAUGUUCACACCCAAGAACCGCACCCAGCUUUUGAAAACAGGCCGCUUGUUCAAGUCACACAGACACCACUGGUCCACCAGAGUUUUCCUGCCUCGGUGACGCAAAUGCCACUUCCAGAGAUGGUUAUUCCUUCAGGAAUUGGAUGCUUAGGCCCCACGUGCCCAUCGACCCAUGAACUUAGCCAGCAAGGUAACAUGUUCUUCACGGCAGUGGAACAUACACAGUCUGGUCAUCAAGAGCCAUUAAGCAACGUAGGAAGCGCGGUUACGUUGCAACAGUCCCAUGGCGGACAGACGGACGUACAUACACCGGUACACCAGCAUCCGGGCGGUCAGACGGACGCAAAUUAUGGGAACGGACCAGGCCUGACAGAUCUAACUUUAGGGAUUGGUCACAGCGUACCCAGUGAAUCUGGCGUCCUUGUUAUACACAAGCCUGGUCUUCUGCACAGCAGUCAACUUGUAAGCACACAUAGCAGCAGCAACAGCAACGAAAACGGCCCAGAGGCAGCGACCCAAGCCGCCAAUGUACAGAGCGUAAUGGACGCCUGUCCGGACACUGUGAAGUGCAUGUCCGAGUGUGUUGGAGAGUACAAACUGACUCCUCUACCCGGGCAGACAUGUCCGCAAUGCUCGUGUACCCAAACAGCUCACUCCUGCAUUGGACCAUCCUGUUCUGCGCCCAGCUCCCACAACCAAAUGACAAUUGAAAGUACACCAUCUCCGGGCCAGUGCGUCGCUAUCUUGCAUUGUGUUAUGACGUGUACAGGUGGAUAUGACGUAGGCGAAUAUGGAAAAGAUGGCUGUCCUUCAUGUACUUGUAUUGAUUAAAUGGGGGAAAACUCUUUCCAGCAUUAAAGUCAGGACGUAUUUUAUUAAUGUUAGCUACGAGGCUUUAAUGCAUUUUUGAUAGUCCGUUUCGAAAAAAAAGUGUGUGUUUGACUUCAUGAAAUGUAUUGAUUUUAAAUGUAAAUAAAUUGCUUUAUAUAUACUAUGAAGUAAAAUAUCGCCCAGUAAAACUCAUAUUUGAAUAUAAUUGAAAUAUUGUUCGAAACAAAAACACGUUUUUAGUAUUACAUAUGUAUAAUAAAUGCCGCAAAGUAUAAAUAUUGAAAUUU